GAGAAAACCUUACGAGUCAAAACUCGAUACUUGCUGAAGAAAGUACCGUAGGCUUGCAAGGUGAGGAAAGACCGCGAGAGAGAGGAAUCGCUAAACGAGUGCAUGUAAAACGGCUCAGUCUAAAGACUCGUGAGCUAGCAAGUAUUGAUGAUCAUCAAGUACCUUGUAGCUUUAUUUGAUUGGUUCAGAUUCGGGGACUUGAAGAAGCCAGUUUUGAAAAUCUCAUCAACGAUCAGAGCAUCUCCUAAAGGAUGUUCUCAGCUAGCAAUCCUACCCACUAAUCUACUUGUCUUUGGAAAACAAGAACACAAGCAAUGGCUGACGAAGAACAAUCUGCUGGUCUUGAAUCACCCUUGAUUCCAGUUCAGCCCCAACAACAACAUGCAUUACAAUCAACAAGGGGACAAUUCACGAAAGGCGAAUUGUUCGAGGAACUGAAGAAGCAGUUAUUGUUGGCAGGGCCGCUGGUAUCAUCAAAUUUCUUGUUGUUUGGUAUGCAGGUUAUUUCAGUCAUGUAUGUUGGUCAUCUUGGGGAGCUAUCACUUGCAGGUGCUUCUAUGGCCACUUCAUUUGCAUCUGUGACUGGUUUGAGCUUGAUAAUAGGAAUGGGUAGCGCAUUAGACACAUUUUGCGGGCAGUCAUAUGGAGCAAAACAGUAUCAUAUGCUUGGGAUACACUUGCAGAGGGCAAUGCUUGUUCUUCUGCUGGCCUGCAUUCCUAUUGCAACUAUAUGGUUCAAUGCGGGCUACAUUCUUCAAUCCUUGGGUCAAGAUCCAGAAAUUGCCGCAGCUGCUGGAAACUAUGCUCGUUUCUUGAUACCUUGCAUUUUUGCUUACGCAGUCCAACAAUGUCAUUCUAGAUUCUUGCAAACCCAAAGCAAUGUGGUUCCUAUGAUAGUUAGCACUGGCACAGCAACACUAGUACACUUGCUUGUCUGUUGGCUUCUGGUAUAUAAGACAAGCCUUGGAUAUAGAGGAGCUGCUGUCGCAAUCUCCAUCUCAUAUUGGAUCAAUGCGUUGUUCUUGGUUGUUUAUAUCAGAGUUUCUCCCUCUUGUAAACACACAUGGACUGGAUUUUCAAAGGAGGCAUUUCAUGGAAUUCCCAACUUCAUAAAAUUAUCUAUCCCUUCAGCUAUAAUGAUCAGCCUAGAAAUCUGGUCAUUCGAAUUGAUGGUUCUGUUAUCCGGUUUUCUUCCAAAUCCACAGCUUGAAACCUCAGUGCUAUCAAUCAGCCUUAACACAUGCUCCAUGAUAUACAUGAUUCCUCUUGCAUUCGCCGCUGCAGCAAGCACAAGAGUUUCAAAUCAACUGGGUGCCGGGCAACCACGACUUGCUCGUCUAGCAGUAGGUGUUGCACUAUGCAUUGUUGUUACCGAAGGUAUUAUGGCUGCUGCUAUACUGAUACUGGGUCGAAAAGUUUGGGGAUACUGUUACAGCAGUGAAAAGGAAGUGAUCAAUUAUGUUGGACAAAUGCUUAUUUUGGUUGCGGUAUCCCACUUUUUUGAUGGACUUCAAUCUGUGCUUUCAGGUAUCAUAAGAGGAAGUGGACAGCAGAAGAUUGGGGCAUAUGUUAAUUUGGGAGCUUAUUAUCUUAUGGGAAUUCCUACUGCAAUAUUAUUAGCAUUUGUAUUCCACAUUGGAGGAAAGGGCCUUUGGAUGGGAAUCAUUGUUGCGCUAUUUGUGCAAGCACUGUCUCUUGCAAUCAUAAUCUUAUUCACAGACUGGGAAAAAGAAGUGAAGAAAGCUUCUGAUAGAGUAUACAACACACCAACCGCUUCUGAUGCGUAGAAAAUAAGAAGAUGUGUAUCGGCCCAAUGGCGGACGCAGUAUAGGACAAGUGGGGCUACUGCCCUCAGUGAACUAGUGAAUUUCUAUCAAUAUGGCGCCAGAGCGAUAGCUUAGGCAGUUAGGCAUGUAUAAUAAUAUAUGUUAUUUGAUAAGAAGCAUAAGUUUGAUUGGA